AUGGCUAGCCAUAUCGACUGCUAUUCAGCCGCAGUUCGCGCUCUCGACAACUUCCGUAUGCUCUGUCUUGCAGGACUCCCGAAAAACUUGGUCCCCCAGCUCAACUCGGAGAUUCAACGAUUCGUCCUGACCCUCUGGUCAGACGACGUCUACAUCUCGUGUACGCACACACCAGCUUAUGUCGACAUCUUAUCCGAUCUCUCCCUGGAGGAGGCGCUCAAGAAGAUGAACCACGCUCUCUCAUCUCUUAUAUCUCUUUUCGACCUAGAAUCGGAUAUUGCAGAAAAUCAGAAUGACAAGCCCGCAUUCACAUCCCUCAUUUUGUCCCCAGUUCCGCCUCAACAAUCUACCGUCGCCGAUGCUUGCGAAAUUCUGGAGCGACGCAGAAAAUACAUCAAAGGACUCUCAUCAAAUCUGCAUGCAUUGGUGCUAAAAGUGGCAAAGAGGGACCCUCUCCAGUUUCAGAACGCUCCUUACGGGCAAUUUGCGGAACAAUUCACUCAGAACGUCAAGUAUCUAAAGAGAACUUUCAUCAACACUCCUUUCUCCAUAAAUCCGGCUAGUGCUAUCCACAACUCGCCUUACCCCUUGCGAAUCCUCAACGAGCUUCGAGUUGAGCCUUAUUCGGAGCUUGGUACGGAACUCGUGUGUCACCCUGCAUUUAGGGAGCUAGAAUCCUCUGGUAGACUCUGGGUUCAUGCUCAGAAUACCGUGCCAUUUGGGGCUGCGAGUGGGUCUCGUCCAUCCAACAAUCGGAUCCAUCGGGGAGAGCUCCACCAACUUGCUGAGAAUCUCCUUCGAACACUCCAGUCGAGUCAGGUUCAUCUCGACGCAGCACUCGACGUCUCGGGGAGCUAUGAAAACAAGGAGCUCGUCGACGGAGUACAAAUGAUCCCAACGAUAGCAGUUAAAGUUGGAGAAUCAUUGGUCAACUAUCAAGAUGAACUAUGCGCCACCCCUCGCUUUGCUGUCUGUGGACCCGUCAAGGCUGGCAAAUCGACCUUCCUUAACGUCCUGAUUGGAAGCUCAUUGCUUCCUACUGAUAGUAUAGGAUGCACUUCAUGGCCAACGGUCAUCCGUCAUAAUGAGAAUGCGACCAUCCCGAGACUAAGAGUCUCUCCAGGUCACUUCAAGAAGUAUUUUGACAUCCUUCGCACUUGGGUCGCCCAGAUAGCUCCACGGAACAAGGCCAAUUUCAUUCAGUGGAGCGAGGUACGUGGACAGUACCAACAAUUACCAAGAGCUCUCCAGGAUAGAGUCACCGAGUUCAUCGAUGAAAAUUUCGAACUUCCAGAAUGGAGUUAUGGCGAUGAAGAGAUCCUCAAAACUAGUCGACAGAUUAACGACCUCUUACGCGUUUGCACGGCGUUGUUCCGCGACUCGAAGCCGAAACGUAAUUCGCAGCCGAAACAAGGAAAACCUUGGGCUGAUGACGGAAAUUUUCCGGUGCUGGAAAUUCGCUAUGGAGAGUUGGCACGAGACUUGAAGGAUAUGGAGUUUGUUGAUCUUCCGGGCCAAAACGACCAUGGUAUGAAUAAGAGUGAUCUAGAAGCAAUCUGGAAGGGCGCCAUGGAGGGCUGCCACGGCGCAAUUAUGAUCGUUCCGGCCAUUCGCGGAAUGUACAGUGACCAUGCUUCGAAGGAAGUAGGAACUUUCAUAAACCGUAGUACAUCAGGCCCGAAGAUUAUGAUUGGUACAAAACGGGAUCAACAAGACCUGGACGACUGGAGUAGUCAGGACCAGGAAGACAUGGCUCGCUUGCUCUUCCCUGAGGCUCAUCUCCCGGCGGUACUCCCAAGAAUCCUCGAAUGUGCACCACCCCUUUAUACUGGAGUGCGCAACUUGGAGCACAAGAUACAACUCGCAGAAUCCACAGGUCAAACCCUGACCGCAAAAGCGAUGAAAGAGUUUGGAGGUCCCGCGCUCUGGAGACGAUUUGUUGGCAAUGACCCAAACACCUGCUCCACGCCCGAGAUUAUUGAGAGGGAGCUCCCCACGAGACUCGAGGAUGCACUCAAACUUUCAAAUGUCGGAAGGCUGUCAGGAUAUCUUCGCACUCUCCUUUACGAAGAAGCAAAGGAUCAAAGAUAUAUAAAAAAGCUGGACGCGGUCAGAACCUCCUUCGAGUCUCUUUGGAUUAAACAACGGCUCGUGCUUCAUCUUUCUUCAGAGCAGAAGAUGCACCUACAGCGUGCUCGAGACGACACCAUUCGUUACGGAGAAUACACUAAUUCUGCAAUUGAAAAGUGGGAGGUUGAUGAAGCGGCGUUCACCCAAAACGUACUUGAAUCCAUGGAGGACGAGCUGGAGGACACGAUAUCUCAAGCGACUGAGCAACUGGAGCGCGUUAUCCGCGCCGAGAAGAAUUAUCGGGGUGAUGGGAUCCUAAUCAAUGGAGGACUCCUGUUCAUAAAGCGAGCCGGUGCUGAGAAGUAUCUGGACAAUACUGAGCGCGAACUCUUCCACGCUAUAGAUAGUCUCCAAGCAAUCUUGAUUAACAAGGUUCGCUUGAAGGCGGGCGAUGCCUGGAGGGAACGCUUGCUCGGCCUUCCCGAUUACAUUAAGGACAGUCGUACCAAAGCCAGCUCAACAGGAGAUCAAAGCCCCAUGAGCUCUUACGAGCAGGAACUUCAGACCAAAACGCACCGCGAAUUGCAGUCGUUAUGCAACCAACGCAUCGGCGCCAUGGUCAAGAAACUGGUUGCGAAGAAGAUGGAAUCCAGCGCGCUAAAACAAACUGGUGGCCGUAAAGGGCACACCAUCUUUCGAAUCAAGAAUCCUUUCCGUGCUCGCCAAGAAGCAACGGCUAGUGCCGUCGGGAGCCCGGGGGAGUUCGAAUGGGCAUGGGAUGAGAAGGAUGACAGAAUCUUGGAGAGUCUCAUGACCUCUGAGAAUUUUGAGAAUGACGAAUCCUCAGCUGGAAAUGCCAUCUCCGAACUCGACGCCCAAGAGCUCUUUGUUCGGGGGAUUAACCUUAACGGAUGUUUGGAUCGAGCGCCACUCUCCGCAAACCUUGCCAUAGAUUCAGAGUACGGGAUCCUCCACGAGAAACCCAAGUCGAGCAUUCAGCUCACCUUCGCCGAGCUUACCGAGUAUCAUACAAAGACCUUGUCUAGUUGGCAGGCUCUCCUCAAAAGAGAGAUGACGCAGAGUAUAACAGGCGGCAUCAAGUUCACUUCUCGAGUGGCCAAAAUGACCGUCAAGCAAAUGAUCGACAAGAGAAGCCGUGAACUUAAGGCAAUCUUGGAUGGAUGCAAGGAACCGCUCAAAGAAGCUGCGGUGGAGACCUUGAUCUCUCUGCACGCCAACUGUGUCUCUUCCUACGGAGCAGUGGAUGAGCUGAGGAGUCUACUGGCUGCCGAGUGCGAGUCCAGUCGCGGUCUUGCCUCUCAGGAGCAGAGUUAG